AUGUGCACAAAUGAACAUGAAGCUAUUGUUGCGUUGAUGUGCCAGUUUUUCAGUGCUCACAGCCCUAUCAGUUCUAAUGCUCCAAUACAAAUACGCGGUCAGCCACUUCAUGGAUCGCCAGCUGGAGACGGUACUCGCAUUGCACCGGAUUUCGCUGUCUUUCCACAUAAAACCUAUGUUCUGAAUCCUCCAGUUCCCACCCUGGGAAACUCUUAUGCAAGGAUAAUUUGUGAAAUAGCCAUGGCCCAAACCUCCUCCAACUUGAAGAACAAAUGCAAGCUUUGGAUGCGACAAUCGUACAUACGAUCUAUUAAACUUUAUGAUAUAAUGAAUACACGGGCGAUGAAGAUUGAAUAUGUCCGCUGA